CACGCUCCUUCCGCCUGCAGCUCUUAGCGCGAUGCGGUAAGGGAAAGGAGGGGGCUAGCCGGCCGGUCUUACUGUGCUGGAGGGGGGAUAAAGGCCCCCCGGUUCCGCGUUGUCUCCGUAGGGUGAGCAAAGGCACAGCGGUGCUGCUGGGGGAGGUGGAUAAGGCUAUCGUGGUUGUGGGCAUCCGCUGGGCGAUAGCGGGGUGCUUCUGGCUGUGAGUUUGUGUAUCAGAAACGCGGCAGGUUCCGAUGAAAGCAGAGAUGAAGGUCGGGUGCCUUUCUUUCCGCCAACCCUACGCUGGGCUGGUUUUAAACAAGGUCAAGACUAUAGAGACUCGCUGGCGGCCGGUGCUCGCCAAGUACCAGAACCGCACCGUGGCUGUUCAUAUCGCCAUUAAGGACUGGGAGGAUGAGUCGUGGAGGGCGAUUCUCUUGGAUAGGUUGGGAAUGACGCUGCAGGAAGUGCAAGAGCUGCUGGAUAAAGGGGAGCAAUACGGCAGAGGAGUUAUUGCAGGAUUAAUUGAUAUUGGAGAGACAUCCCUGUGUCCAGAAGAUUUACCACCUGAAGAGAUUUUGGAGCUGGAAAACAAAGCAGUUCUCAGUAAUCUAGAACAGAAAUACUUGACUGUUGUUUCAAAUCCAAGGUGGCUCCUGGAACCAAUCCCUGCAAGAGGGAGCAGAGGAGUGUGGCAGGUCAACAUCCCUGAUGAACUGAUCCCUUCAGAGUCAUAGGAGUUGCCCCAUGCUGUGUUUUUUUCCUGUCUAAAUGCAAACUUCUUGACAAAUCACCUUCUUAAAUACCAGUGCAUUGAUUAGUAUUCCUUCCAAAAGUAAUUGCUUGAAGAAUUGCUAUUUUGUAGAGAUGACCAAGAUCCCAUUUUUUAUGACCACUACUGAAGAUGAGUGUUGUUUUACUACAUUUUUUUAAGGUAUGUACAGGUGUAAAUAAAUCAGAAUUUUCUAAUGCA